AUGAGCUUUUCUCAUUCCUAUCUUGCUGAGAUUGUGAAGUUUUCUUUUUUCAUAGCCAACAUGUUCUUUUAUGCUUUUCUUUCUAAGCUUUUUCAUGGUGGUGCCAACAAUCCUCUUGCUACUUUGGUUGAUGCUAUUUCUGGAGACUUUCAUAACUUCCUUUUCUGCAUUGGUUCUAGAAUUCCUGCCCAGGUCUUCAAUCUCAAUUCUGUUGGGACAAAUCUCAUGUCUAAAUUCUCCACUGCUGGCACGUCUCAAGUUGAUGAAAAUACACCUUUUCUGAAUGGUGAACAUCACUGUGCUGCACCAAAUUUUGGUAGGCCGGAAAGGGAUGCAAGAUCGCCAGAAUGA